AUGGAAAGACAAGGAGAUGCUGAGAAUGAAGGCAGCCAGGAUGAAACAGAGGAUCAAAUGGAUGAACUCUCUGAAUCUGACGAGGACAUACGAGCAGGUCGAUUGAAGCGCAGACAACUCACAAAGAAUCGCAUUGUGAACAGUAUCGAUAAAGCUCUGGAUAUAAAUAAUUACAAUCCAUACCAAAUUCCCAAAGACCUGAAGCAUAUUGAAAGCGUAGUGAAAGUAGACAAACACCGGGAGAAUGAUGUUGUCCGUGUUUUCCAAAAUAAACCACCAACAGCAAACAUCGGUCGUAACAAUCGUGCAAAUGUCAUAACUGGAAGACAAGGCCCUCAACCAAAGGCAAGAGUUACUCCAACACCCCGAGCUGCAUUCGAGCUGUUUUUUACAGAAGAUAUCAUGGCAACAAUUGUUUCCUGCACCAACAGAAAGAUUCAGAGCUUCAUUUCGACACUCCCAGAUAAUUUUGUUUCCCAAAACAGUAAAUACGCGUACGUAAAGGAAACCUGUGUUGAUGAGUUAUAUGCCAUUAUUGGUUUGUAUAUCUAUCGAGGACUGUACAAACUAAACACUGUCUCUGUAGAUAAGUUAUUCUCGAAUACGUAUGGUCCACCAAUAUUCAGCGCAACUAUGUCAAGAAAUGGUUUCACAUUUAUCCGAGCAAAUCUGUGUUUUGAUGACUCGAGUACAAGGGACGAUAGAUGGAAACAAGACCGUUUUGCCGCUAUAAGAGAGAUCUUUGAAUCUUUCAACUUUGAAUGUAUGUCAUGCCUUGUACCAAAUGAUUAUCUCUCUUUGGACGAGACACUUUAUCCCAUGAGGAACCAAAUUUCCUUCAAGCAGUAUAACCCAAAUAAGCCAGCUAAGUAUGGUUUAUUGUUCAAAGCAAUCAAUGCUGCAAGGUACCCUUAUACAUUUAUUGCUUCUCCAUACUGUGGUAAGCCAACAGACGACGGUGGAAAGUACUACGUACAGGGAACAGAAGCAAUUGUAAAACAAAUGAUUGAGCGCUUAUUGGAAAAUAAAGUGCCGCUAGCUGGAAGGAACAUAUCGUUUGAUCGGCUAUAUACAUCACUUAGCAUUGCACUCUGGUUGUAUGAGAAAAAUAUAACAUGUCUUGGCACAAUGCAAAUGAAUCGGAAAGGAGUUCCAGCUGAAAUGAAAGAUUUUAAGAACAGGGAGAACUUAUCAUCUGAAGUAUAUUGA